AUGAAUCCGCAAUGUUCUAAAUGUAAAGCAGCAAUGAGGAAAUAUAACUAUUCAGUAAAAGAGAUAGAAAGAAUGAGAAACGACUAUGCAGAUUUAAAGAGGGAGGCAGAGAAGCCGGUAGAAGAUAAAAUGGACAUGUUAGCAUUUCUGAACAAAAACUAUCCAACUGCUGACGAUUUCCUUCUAUCUGAUGUCAAGAAGAAGUAUAAAGAAACUUUCGGCAUUGUUAAAAUUUUUGAUAUCCUCAUCGAAGAAAUAGAAGCUACAAAACUGUUUAGAAUCUCACGAAUUCAUAACGUUUACCAUGUAAAACGGUUAUAA